AUGGCGCCCCCCAACGGCUACGCCACCGGCAACACCGCCAGCCAAGGGCCGCCGCGCCCCCCGCCGCACUCACAGGGCAACACCACCAUUGCCUCGAGCAACCCCGGCGACCGCGGCGUCUCCAUGCAGCAAUGGGGCGCCCGCGGUAGCAGCAGAGACGGCAACCACUCGGCCUACUACCCCCCGACCGACUCGCCCUACGCGCGCACCUCGUCCGACCAGGCCAGCGUCUACAGCAACGACUCGCGCUCGCGCGCCAGCAACACCUUCUACCCCCAAAACUCAUCCCAAUCCACGUUUGCCUCGUCCGUCGGCCUCGACCCAGGCAGCCUCCUGCCCACGGCCGCAUCCACCCCCCGCGACUCGCACCGCCACCUGCUGCACUACAAUGUCUCGUCCCCGUCCCCCUCGGCCGCCGCCACGGCCUUUCCGCCCAACACGCUCAGCAUACAGCGCCCGCCCGACCACAUUGUCGAAAAGGAGUUUAUGAAUCUCAUGGUCAAGCGGGGAUGGAAGAGCCUGCCCGAGCAGGCGCGGCGCCAGAUGGAGGCCUACAAGAUCGACAAGAAGUGGACCCUCGUGUACCAGGACAAGCUGGCCGAGUUCAAGCACGAGGAGAAGAAGCGCCAGACACAGCGGAUAACGUACGGCGGCGGCGGAGGCGGCGUCGUGGGCAACCAGGACAUCUUGAUCCGCGCAGAAGAAGAAGGAUCGCCCGAGUGGUAUGUCAAAAAGGUCAUGGACAACUCGAUUACCAUCAAGCAAAUGUCGAGUCUGGAAAUCAGCUUGCGAACCCAGCCCAUUGCCUGGGUCAGGGGCUUCAUCGAGGCCCAGGGCCAAAUCGCCCUCACCAAUGUGCUGGCCAAGAUUAACCGCAGAAAAGGCACAGGGCCACAACCCCCGCCCAGCGUCAUUGCACAAAAGGCCGAAAACGACGUGGAGCGCGAGUACGAAAUCAUAAAGUGCCUCAAGGCUCUCAUGAACAACAAAUACGGUGCCGACAACGCUCUGAACCACCCGUCCAUCAUCCAAGCCCUCUGCGGCUCUCUCAUCUCCUCGCGACUCAACACCAGAAAACUCGUCUCCGACGUGCUGACCUUCCUGUGCCACUGGGGCAAUGGAAGCGGCCACGAAAAGGUGCUGCAGGCACUCGACAAUCUCAAAUCACAGUAUGGCGAAAACAGCCGCUUCGACGCAUGGAUGCGUAUCGUCGAGGUCACGGUCGACGGCCGCGGCAAGAUGGGCUCCAUGGUCGGCGCCUCAGAUGAAGUCCGCAGCGGCGGAAUCGGUGUCGAGAACCUGCUCAUGGAAUACGCCAUUGCAACCCUCUUCCUCAUCAACAUGAUUGUGGAUGCCCCGGAGCGCGACCUCCAGCUCAGGAUGCACGUGCGAGCCCAGUUCACAGCAUGCGGCAUCAAGCGCAUCUUCAACAAGAUGGAGGGCUUCCAGUACGAUGUCAUUGACAAGCAGAUUGAGCACUACCUCGAAAAUGAAGCCGUCGACUACGAAGACUUUCUCCAAAAGGAGAACAGUUCCAUGGUCGACAGUGUCGAGGGCGAAACCAAGGAUCUCAAUGAUCCCUUGCAAAUCGCCGACGCCAUCAUGAGUAAGAUCAGCGGAACCAGGGCACAGGAUUACUUUACGUCUGCUAUGCAACACUUGUUGCUAAUGCGCGACACCGAGGCUGAGGAUCGAUUGCGCAUGUUCCAAUUGGUAGAUCAGAUGCUGAGCUACGUGGCUAUGGACCGCCGACUGCCAGACAUGGAUCUCAAGCAGAGUCUGAACUUUACCGUCCAGUCUUUGCUCGACAAGCUCUACACCGAUUCCGAGGCCAGGCAAGUCCGCGAUGAAGCCGUCGAAGCCCGGCAAAUUGCAGACUCGGCUAUUGCGGAGCGUGAUGAGAUGAAAGCGCAGCUGGAGCUGGGUGCCGAUGGAUUGGUAUCCAAGCUGCAGAAGCAACUGUCUGAGCAAGAGCGCAUCAUCGAGCUUCGCGGAAGACAAGUCGAGUCUAUGAAGGCGGAGCUUGCCGAGAUGCAGAGGAUUCGCGCCCAAGAGCUGCAGCGAAACGAAUUAGAGACGCGUGAACUGUACUUGAUGCUUAGAGAUGCUCAAGACGUUGCAGCGUCAGCAGCCAAAAAGACUGGCAAGGACGGCCUCGGCGCGACAGAUCCGGCUCAAAUGCAGGGCAUCAUGGAUCGCGAGCGUCUGAUGAGCAGACUGGAGAUUCAGCUGCAGAGAGCCAGGACCCAGGCCACGCUCGAAGGCCGGACUUUGCAGCUCCAGCCGAGCGAGAAGCUCCGGGAGCUGCGAGAACGAAUGGAGGGCGAUGUGUCUGGCUUCUCAGAGCAAGGCUAUGGUGGUCUUGAGCCGUCCUCAUUCGGGUCGGUACGCGCCAAGAGUGGCGUGCCACGCAGAAAGCCCUUGCCCGGCAUUCCAGGCGAGGACACUGAGAUGUCUGACAUGGACGACGACGAGGAUGUCAUUAUUGAGAAGCCCCGUCUGAUCCAGAUGCACAAACCCAAGCUCAGCGCAUCGACUGCCAAUGCCCUCAUGAACGACAUCACAUCCAAUGUCAAGCGAUACGACGACUCUGACGGAGAAGACAAUGGCGACGGCGUUACUACAGGACCAUCACACCCAAGCCUGGAAUCAGGCUCGCCAAAGACUCCCGCCGAUGGCGAUGCAACAAAGGCUGCUCCUCCUCCUCCACCUCCUCCUCCACCACCACCACCACCAGGUGCUCUUGGGUUCUCUGCCGAUAUUCCUCAGCCACCGCCUAUGCCCGGCACUCCAGGAGCUCUUCCGCCUCCGCCUCCACCACCACCACCGCCGCCGCCAGGCAAGCUUGGCUUCAAAGCUGGAAUCCCUCCACCGCCCCCUAUGCCAGGUAUGCCAGGGGAUGGAAGCAUGCCUCCUCCGCCUCCCCCGCCUCCACCCAUGCCGGGCAUGCCAGGUGCCAAGCGCCCUGGCUUCCUCCCCAAGGCACCUGGUUUUGGUGCCGCGCAACAAUUUGCUCUUUCUGGACCCCGGCCCAAGAAGAAGCUCAAGGCUCUUCACUGGGACAAGGUCGAUCAGCCCACAACAACGGUAUGGGCCACGCGUGGCCUUACUUCGGAAGAGAAGGAAGAAAAGUACCAAGAGCUGGCGAGGAAGGGUGUGCUCGAGGAGGUCGAGAAGCUGUUCAUGGCCAAGGAGAUCAAGGCGAUUGGCAAGAAAUCUGGCAAAAAGGACGAAAAGAAGCAGAUCAUCUCGCGCGAUCUCAUGCACAACUUCCAGAUCAGCAUGGCCAAGUUCUCCUCGUAUGGGGUUGAGGAUGUGGUGCGCAUGAUUAUCCACUGUGACAGCAAGAUCCUCGACGACCCCGUCACCAUGGAGUUUCUGCAGAAGAACGACUUUUGCGACAUCCCCGACAAUACUGCCAAGCUCAUGGCGCCCUACUCCAAGGACUGGACCGGACCCAAUGCCCACGAAAGUAAACGAGAGCAAGACCCAACCGAACUUACUAGAGAAGAUCAAAUCUAUCUCUACACUGCUUAUGAACUUCACCAUUACUGGAAGAGUAGGAUGAGGGCGCUCUCACUCACUCGCACGUUUGAAAUCGAGUACGAGGAGAUUUCCAACAAGCUUCUGGAGAUUUCGCGAGUCUCGGAAAGCUUGAGGGACUCGUCGAGCUUGAUCAGUGUCCUGGGUCUUAUUCUCGACAUUGGUAACUUCAUGAACGAUGCCAACAAGCAAGCCAGCGGCUUCAAGCUCUCCACACUGUCUCGACUGGGCAUGCUCAAGGACGACAAGAACGAGUCUACCUUUGCCGAUGUUGUGGAGAGAAUUGUGCGCAACCAAUACUCUGGAUGGGAGGGCUUCACCGACGAGAUCAACGGAGUCGUGGCAGCGCAAAAGAUUAAUGUUGAGCAACUGCAAGCCGACGCCAAGAAGUACAUUGACAACAUCAAGAACAUCCAGAUGUCGCUCGACUCGGGUAACCUUUCGGAUCCUACCAAGUUCCAUCCUGAGGAUAAGGUGUCUAUUGUUGUGCAGAGAAACAUGAAGGAGGCCAGGAGAAAGGCAGAACAACUGCAGGUCUUCCUGGAGGAUAUGCAGAAGAGCUACGACGACAUCAUGGCCUUUUACGGAGAAGACCCGACGGACGAGAGCUCGAGGAGGGAUUUCUUUGCCAAGCUGGCCAACUUUGUCCAAGAGUGGAAGAAAUCCAAAGAAAAGAACAUUGCCCUCGAGGAACAACAUCGUCGCAACGAAAUUUCCAUGCGCCGCAAACAAGCGCAAAAUCAAAACCCCCUCUCCCCCAAUGCACUGUCCGAUUCCGACGGAGCCAAGUCGCCCGCUUCUACAGGCGCCAUGGACGACCUCCUUCAGAAGCUGCGUGCCGCCAAACCAGAAGCAAGGGAUCAGCGUGAUCGCCGUCGUCGUGCCCGCUUAAAGGACAGGCACCAGGUCCGAGUGGCUAGUGGCCAGAAGAUGCCUGAAAUCGGGGUCAAUGUGGAUGACAACGAAACCAGCAAGGAAGCAGACGAGAAGAGCAAGCUGUUGAGUCCGUCAAGCGAAACUGCCGAAAGCGAGGCUAGCAGCAAUGCUGGCAUGUCGGCCGGCGUUUCUGAAGCUGCAGAAGCGGAUAUCGCCGACCGAGCUGCAGCCAUGCUGGAGGGCCUGCAGUCUGGGGCUACCAUCAACAAAGACGGUUCCCUAUCUGUCAGGCGGCGGCGAGAAAACGCCGACACGGAACGACAACGGCGAAGGAAUAGACGUCAACAAGCAGCCUCAGCCAAGAGUGAAGAUGGCGGUCUCUUGAGCCCUACAGCCAUACCCGAAGAAGGCGGGGGCGCCAAUGCCAAUGCCAACGGCAACAGUGGUGACGGCGGCGACAGCGCUGGCGAAGGAAACAGUAGUCUUGUUGACGGCGCUGCCGACGCAGAAGCAGAAAACCCACCAGACACCCCCGUCACCAUUGUGCAUCCGCCCAGCCCAGAACAAAAAGGAAGAGAAUUGCCUACGCCGCCGCCAGAGUAGAGAGAGAGAGAGAGAGAGAGAGAGAAACUA